UGAACUGGAAGAAGUAGACAACGGAUAUGGUCAACAGCAUGUAGCCGUGUUGGCGUCAUCCAUAGCAAGUCUUGUGUUUUAAUUGUGCUGUUUUAACGUUUUCGUACAUUUUAUAAACUAAAAUAAUAACGAUUUAUCAUUUAAAAUGGGAGUACCAGCGUUUUUUCGUUGGCUUAGCCGAAAAUAUCCAUCUAUUGUUGUACAUUGUUUGGAGGAAAAGGGGAAAGAAUGUAAUGGAGUCCGUGUUCCCGUUGAUACAACCAAGCCAAACCCCAAUGAGGUGGAGUUUGACAAUUUAUACUUGGACAUGAAUGGGAUCAUUCACCCUUGUACACAUCCAGAAGACAAACCUGCUCCCAAAAAUGAGGAUGAGAUGAUGGUGGCCAUUUUUGAGUACAUCGACCGCCUGUUUAAUAUCGUGCGGCCCAGGAAAGUUCUCUACAUGGCCAUCGAUGGAGUGGCUCCACGGGCCAAAAUGAACCAGCAGCGCUCUCGGCGGUUUCGUGCCUCCAAAGAAGGAGUGGAGUUAGUGGAGGAGAAGCAUCGCAUAAGGGAGGAGAUUAUCCAGAGAGGAGGUUAUCUCCCACCUGAGGAGAUUAAGGAGAGGUUCGACAGCAACUGUAUUACUCCUGGAACAGAGUUCAUGGACAACCUGGCACAUUGUCUUCGAUACUACGUCGCAGACAGACUCAGCAAUGAUCCAGGAUGGAAGAAUAUUGUUGUCUUCCUGUCUGAUGCCAGCGUUCCAGGUGAAGGUGAACACAAGAUCAUGGACUUCAUCAGGAGACAGAGAGCUCAACCCAACCACGACCCCAACACACACCACUGCCUGUGUGGAGCCGAUGCUGACCUGAUCAUGCUGGGCCUGGCCACCCACGAGCCAAACUUCACCAUCAUCAGAGAGGAGUUCAAACCCAACAAGCCCCGUCCCUGUGCGCUCUGUGGACAGAUGGGUCAUGAAAUCAAGGACUGUCAGGGGGCGUCCAGAGUGAAGCAGGGACAGCAUGAUGAGUUUGCCGACACAGGGCCUGCGGCCGAGCAGGAGUUCAUAUUCAUCAGACUCUGUGUGCUGCGGGAGUACCUCGCCAGAGAGCUGACCAUGGCCAGCCUGCCAUUUCCCUUCGACUUUGAGAGGAGCAUAGACGACUGGGUUUUCAUGUGUUUCUUUGUUGGAAAUGACUUCCUACCACACUUGCCGUCCUUAGAAAUCAGAGAGGGAGCGAUAGAUCGAUUGGUCGGCAUCUACAAAGAUGUUGUGCACAGAACCGGAGGUUACCUAACGGAAAACGGCUUCGUCAACCUGGAGCGGGUCGAGUUGAUCAUGCAGGCGGUGGGCGUGGCCGAGGACAACAUCUUCAGGAAACGCAAGGAAGAUGAUGAAAAUUUCAAGAGAAGAAUGAAAGAGAAACGAAAAAGGAUGAAAGCUGAGCAGCAAGGCCCUGCCUACCUGACCACGGGCCAGUUCGCCCCCCAGGCCCUGGGGCGAAGAGACCGACCUGAGCCCGUCCAGAAUGCCCGGCACCAGGCCUACGACAUGAGGAUGCAGUCCAGGGAGCAACACAACAAGGAUGCUGCUCAGUCACUGAAGGCUCUGAUGCGGAACGGAGGCAACUCAUCUGCAGGGCCCAGUGACAUUGCAGAGAGCAGGGGGUUGAAGAGGAAAGCUGAGGACAGUGACAGCGAGCCAGAGCCUGAAGACAAUGUCAGGCUGUGGGAGGAAGGCUGGAAGCAGAGAUACUACAAGACCAAGUUUGAUGUGGACGUGUCAGAUGAGGAUUUCAGGCAGAAGGUGGUUCAGUCCUAUGUGGAGGGUCUCUGCUGGGUGCUGCGCUACUAUUACCAGGGCUGUGCCUCCUGGAAGUGGUACUUCCCUUUCCACUACGCCCCGUUCGCCUCUGACUUCACAAACAUCAAAGGGAUGUUCACCGAGUUUGAGAAGGGGACCAAGCCAUUUAAGCCACUGGAGCAGCUGAUGGGAGUGUUUCCUGCUGCCAGUGGCAACUUCCUGCCCUCAUCGUGGCGGAACCUCAUGACCAGUGAGGAUUCUUCAAUCAUUGAUUUCUACCCUGACGACUUCGCCAUUGAUCUUAACGGCAAGAAAUACGCCUGGCAAGGUGUGGCCUUGUUGCCUUUUGUGGAUGAACGGCGGCUGAGGGCGGCUCUGGCCGACGUCUACCCCGACCUCACACCUGAUGAAGUGAAAAGAAACAGCCUGGGAAGUGACUUGUUGUGUCUGGGCAAGUCUCACCCACUCUUGGACUUCAUCCAGGAGCUCUACCGCACAGAAUCUCAGGAGGCCACUGAGAUCCCUGCAGAGCUGUGUCAUGGAAUCCAAGGUACAUUAAACCUUGAUGAUGACCCUAUUCUACCAGAUAAGACGGUGAAGUCCCCCAUCCCACAGCUGCGUGACAUCUCACAGAACAGUGCGAUCGGAAUCAAGUUCAAGGAUCCUGCGUAUGCAGAUGGCUUUGUGUUCAAGGCGGUCCUCCUGCCUGGAGCCAAGAUUCCCAAUAAAGUCCUGAAGCCAGACAACUGGGUGAAGGGGAGCCAGGAGCCUUGGAGACCCCAGCUGGGCUUCAACCCAAACAGACAACAGGCUCACCUGGACCAGUCCGGCUUCAGAGCUCUGGGUCACAGUCUGAACAGAAACCAGCAGGGUGGACAGUACAGCAACGCCCCCCCACCGAGCAGCUACCAGCCAGGAAACUAUCAUCGUCCUCGCGGCAGCAGCCACCAGUCUUUCCAGCAUUCCAGGCAGAACAGUUUGCUGGCAACACCUCCCUCCUUCCACCAGCCCCAGUAUCCAAGGCAGCAGCAGUACGAAGGUGGGGGCCACGGCUGGGAUCGGGCCGUGCAGUCGCAGCAGCUGGCCUACCAACAGAACAUGAGCCGCGGGCGGGGAGGGAGUGGGCCCGGCGGCUACCAGCAGCGCUACGAUCAGCGCAGAGAUGACUGGCACGAUCGCAGGGACGACCGGGGGCAACACCACCAGGGCUACAGCUCGGCCAGAGGUUACCCUCUUCCUCCUCAGUCCAGGAGGUACAACUGGAAUUAAGUUCAAAGAAACAUUGGACUCUGGGGCUUUGAGGGGGUUUGACCACAUUUUAGUAGAAAUGUCAUCGAUUUCAUUUGUCUUCUUGUACAGUGCAGUUUUUGUUUGAUUCUUUUUAUCUUUAAAAACUUGUGACCUGUGAUUUUUAAGAGGAGCAGCCUGAAAACAUCUAAAUUACAAGUGAGUCUUGGGCUGAACUGUCCGCUGUGUUUAUUUUGAGAGAAGCCUCUCCAAAGUGGUCUGUGUUUUAGAGGAAAACAUGUCAAAUAAAAGAAUCCCAGUGAGA